CUGAAUUUUUCCGAAAGGGAGCGCCAAGUGAAAGUGUAAAUCAGAGAAUAUCAGCAUUUCUCAUAACGUUGUAUAUUCUGUGGGGAAACUGUGUUCUUUGCUUCCUUCUAGUACACGCGCAAAUAUGGCAGAGGCUGAUGAAAUUCAGAAGAAGAAGAGGACGUUCAGGAAGUUCACCUUCCGUGGCGUUGACCUCGAUCAACUCCUUGACAUGCCCAAUGAGCAACUUAUGGAGUUGCUCCAUGCCCGCGCACGCAGGCGAUUUUCUCAUGGAUUGAAGCGCAGGCCAAUGGCAUUGGUCAAGAAACUGCGUAAAGCUAAGAAAGAGGCACCACCAAAUGAGAAACCUGAGAUCGUUAAAACUCAUCUUCGCAACAUGAUCAUUGUCCCAGAAAUGGUUGGUUCAAUAAUUGGUGUUUAUAAUGGAAAGACUUUCAAUCAGGUUGAAAUUAAGCCUGAAAUGAUUGGCCAUUAUUUAGGCGAAUUCUCAGUAACCUACAAGCCAGUUAAGCACGGUAGGCCUGGUAUUGGUGCAACUCAUUCUUCUCGGUUCAUUCCUCUGAAGUAAAUCUUUUCCAGAUCAAUAAAAUGACAUAAACAUUA